AACUUGUUAAAAAAAAAAAAAAAAAAAAAACCCGAAACGAAAAAGAUGAAAUAAAAAAUAAACUACAACAAAAACUUUAAAAUAGCCCACUGCAUGAUAUAAAUCGCAAGUAAUAUUGCUGUGGAAACUGCGCAUGUAAACCCGAUCCCCUCUACACGAUUUUGCACUAGGACGGGCGUGGACGUAAUCUCACGCGCGCACAGAGAUUCGGUCCGAAAACCCGUGUGCGCGUACAUGUAUGUCCACUAUUUGCCAACGAUAAUAAAUUACCUAAUAUUGAUCAAACAUUGAACACCGGAAAAUCGUCGUCGUCGUCGACUAUUUCGGGUUCGCGAGUGCGAACGCGGCAACGGUCGUGAUAACAACAUAAUACAUCAUGCCGGCGCGGAGAGGAACUGAAAUUAAGGAGUAGGCGACUAGCGGAGGCGGACACGAAUCCUCAGGUCGGGCGGAAGUCAUGCAAUUACUUUUGGAACAUCUACUCGUGCCGGUGAUUCUUUGACUACCCUUACCAUGAAGUCGAGUAAUCACUCGGAUACCGAAAGUAAGGAUUAUCGGGGUGGCUCAUCGAGUACCGUUGGCCAAGAAGAUCUGAUUCCAAUAUUUUUGAGACGUCUUAACGACCUUAACAUCAGAGUCGGAACCAGAACUAGGUUUUUGAUCGAACUCGACGACGCUACGGGUGUUCAGGUUCGUUGGUACCAUAACAACACAGAAGCCAACAGUGAAAGGUACCAAUACAUUCACGAAGGAGGGUUUUAUUGUUUGGACAUUGUUCCUGUGACGUUAUUUGAUGAAGGUCUGUGGGUGUGCACCGCGCAAAACUACGCCGGUAAAUCAUCGACCGCUGCUCAUUUAUCGCUUACCGUUCCUAAAGCUUUCAAAAAACCGAUUUUCGUUGAACAACUGAAAGCAGUGCUGACGCAACGCGGAAUCGUCUCACUGGAGUGUAAGGUGAUCGGCGUUCCGACUCCAAAGUUACGAUGGUACAAAGACGACAAGGAGAUCAAAGCCGGCGACAUAUUCGCGCUAACGGCGAAUUCCGAAGAAGACUGCCUGGGCAUAUACACGUGUGAAGCAACAAAUGUCAUGGGCACCGCGCUGUCUACGUCAAAAAUACAAGUGACUCAUACGCCACUCGAUGGAAACCGCGACGCAGACAGUCUUAUACCAUACGGACCGCCACCAAAGUUCGUGAAAUUUUUAAAAGAUGCAUCCGGUAAAGUCGGCAGUGUAUUGUUUUUAGAAUGUCAAGUCGAAGUACCACCAUGGCCCCGAAGUAUUGGAUGGUACAACAAUAAUGGCAUAGUAAACGAAGGACCGUUGUACCACCUGAUGGCUGAUGGUUUGGGCAUGUACGGCUUAGAAAUAAAAUCACUUAGAGCCGAUCACAGCACUACUUGGAAAUGUAUUGCUACCAGUUCGACGGGAGCAAAAGCUGUUACUUCCUGUGUGGUCUCGGUGUCAUACCCAAAAAAUUACCGAGUGCCAAGAUUUUUAGAAAGUCUAAGAGCAAUAAUGACCGACGAAGGUUUAGUAAGCUUUGAAUGCAAAGUCAUCGGAUAUCCCACACCACAACUCUCUUGGUUCAAAGACGGCAAGCAACUUCAACCCGGAGACGUUUAUGAGUUAACUGGAAGUAAAUCUUUAGGUAGUUAUUGCUGUGUCGCCCGAAAUUGUAUGGGCGAAACAAGUAGCAUUGCCGAACUUACGAUAGAAGACAUCCAAAAUCAACUGAACGAAAGUGAAAAACUCCAAUUAACUUCUAAUACACAGCCACCACGAUUUCUAUUGGGACUUAAGAGUAUUGAGGCUAAUAUAAACGAAUCUUUUGUUUUUACAAUCAAAGUUACAACUGAAUCCGCGCCUUCAAUUAGUUGGUAUAAAGAAGACGAACAAUUAACUGAAUCCAAUCGAUAUCAGUUUUCUUCUGAAGACAAUGGGACAUAUAUGCUAAGUAUAUUGCCACUUGAAAUUGAUGAUCAAGCUGAAUGGAAGUGUGUAGCGAUCAAUAAGUAUGGUCAAACUGUAACGUCCAGUUUUCUGAAGUUAAAUAUUCCAAAAACAUUCAAAAGUCCAAAAUUCCUCGAGGAAUUAAGAAUAGCAUUUUCGAACGAGGGGUCGGUCAAUUUGGAGUGCAAAGUGAUUGGUGUCCCUCAACCGCAACUAAAAUGGUUUAAAGAUGGCCAAGAGCUAAAUCCUGGUGAUAUGCACAAAAUAAUUUCAGGACAAAGUGGUACAUGCUGUUUGGGAACUUAUACCUGCCAGGCACACAACUGUAUGGGCACGGUAUCCAGUUCAGCAACACUGUUAACAAUGGAAGAUAAGUCUACAGUCAAAUCGUGCGCAUCGGAAGAGUAUCUAUCCGUAGGAAAUCCGCUUGUAAGAAAUGAAUCAUUAUCGACGAUUCCUGAAGAGCGAACUAGCCAAAUGGAAAAAUCUUAUACUAUUGAAGAACCUGCUGAUAUAUCGUUUUCAUUCGAUGGCAAAGAAGUAACUGUUUCGCUUUAUGAAACUCCGGACUUAACGCAUGAUGAAGCACUGCAAAUUAUUGAAAUGUAUGCAGACGAACUUUCUGAACAUAUAUCAGAAGACAAUGUUGUUGAUUUACCAUCAUUGCGAAUUGUAAAAGAAUCGUCGAUUUCCGGACCAGUUAUGAUGGAAGCUUUAGUUAUAGACGUACCUAUCGAUUUUUGUAGACAACAAAUAUUAUCGGACACUGAAAUCGAUGGUGUUUCACUGACCGAAGAUAUAACUCUUGGAAAUAACGAUAAAAGUGAUAGUAUAUGUGAAAAUAGUCUGGAGUAUUUUUCGGAUCAUUUAUCGUCUGGAAAUUCAAAACGUGAGAUAUUUUACAGUGCGAGUGAGACGACGCCUAAAAAUUCAUCAAUGGUUGUAAAACAGCAAUCUGAAAACGAUGGACACCAAUCUUUCCAAACACCAAAACUAUUUAUGUCAGACUCCGACGAUCAGAUUCUAACGCAAUUAAAAUUGGAUGAGAGAAUUUCACCUAAUAAUUCUAGACACGUAAUUGGACCAUUGGCUCGAUCGGAAAGCAAUAACACCGAAGAAGAAGUGUCUGAAACACUAGCUGAAAUAGAAAACGAACCACCAUUAUCACAUAAUUAUUGCGCAUCUGAAAUCGUAACUCAAUCUGACGAAGAUGGAUUAUAUUCAACAGUACUAAAUAAAAUACGAGACAAGGGAAUGGCAAGUGUGGUACUUAGUUCAGAAGAAGACGAUGUUUUAAAAAUUAUUUCCAGACCAAAUGUGGAUGAAUUUUUAAAAUACAUGAAAAUUAUUUUGGAAGGAUCUAUAGUAAAAAUGAAUACUCAUGAACAUUUUAAUUUUACUAGUACAACGACUGAACUUGAACGUUCGAUUCAAGCUCUACAUUCACUUGCUUGGAAAUUCAUCGAAGAGACGGAAAGACACGAUGUAACGGAGUUGGAUAAAAACACUGCUGAUAAUGUUUCGAGCUUAAUGACUGCAAUAAAUGCGAGUUUGUUAGCGUUAGAACAAAUCGAUGAUCCAUUUGGUGUUUCAGACAACGUAUUAAACGAAAUUCAAUCAUUAGUAUGUUUUGAUUUAGAAACACUUAACAAUAGCGAUCUUUCGGCUUCAGUAAUUUUAGACCGUUUGUCUGACCAAAUUAAAAACUUCACAAUUGUUGUCAAUAAGCAGGUGACCCGAGUCACAGAACAACGUAUUAUAGCUGUAUUACGAAACACAAUCGGAACUACUUUGGUGUAUAUUAAAACUCUACAACAGAACUGUUCUAAAAUAAAAUGCGUGGAUAUAAAUUCAUUGGCACCUUUAUUUUCGAUGGUACAGCCAUUAGAAACAAUUUUAAAUGAUAUAGCUAUCCUGGAAGAGGCAUCAAUAGAUGAUAACAAACCUCACCUUAAAUUGAAACAAGUAUUAAUACCUCCAAUUAGUUCUAUUGCAUUUUCUUUAGACAGUCUAAGUAAAGCAUUAAAAAGUGAUAGUUCAAACGACGAUCAGGAUUUGAAAGAUAUUUACGAUAGAAUAAGUGAUUCAAAUAACCAAUUUAUGAUACUUGCUUCGCAAGGCAUGGACAGUAAUAAAAUAGCUGAGUGUUUCAUAUCAUUUACGAAACCUAUUAACGAUUUAUGUUGUCAUUUGAGACGGUUAGGCAGAUCAACGGAAAAUAUCGUGUCUUCUGAUUACGGGUCAGAUGAUAAACUCUUACUAGAUUUUGAAACACUUUUCGAUGAACUGAUGAUAGAUAUUGACACAUUAAUCAACAAUGUAAAUUUUGUCCAAGAUUCCGAAAACAAUAUGAAUCCUUUAGGAUCUUUAUUAGAACCUUUGCAAGAUAUGAAAAUCGGGUUAUUUCAAGUUAACCAAGUUUUACUUUCGAACCAAACCGGAUCAACCAUGAGUUAUGAAGUAAUGAGUUGUUUUGAACAUUUAUCUCAGCAAUUAGUUCAAUUAAAUAAUUGUAUUGCAAAUCAAUCUAUAGUAGAAGAAACAGACAAAGAAAUCCCAUUUGAAACUUCAAUAAAAAUGAUGCAAAAUAUUCUUUUUGACGAUGCUAUAGAUGAUUUAGGUGUAAAUGGAAUACUUUUUGGCAGUGUUAUGAAACCUCUUUUGCAACUUCAAAAUCUUAUUGUUUCAAAAAUGGCUUCAGUAGAAAGUGAUCUUAGUUUUUCAGAACAUACUGAUGUUACAGGUGGGGCUUGUGAUACUCAAUCAUUGAGUUUGUCAUUAUCAAAUAACGCACAAACAAUUUUCAAUAAGACUACCGAUGAAAACUCUAAAAAGGUUAUAAUUGAAUCAUCAAUAAUAGGUAGUUCAGAUAAACAUUGUGAGAAACAAAAUAAAUUACACAUAGAUAAUUCUGAAACCAAUAAAGAUUCAAUAAGUUUUGAAAAUAAUGUUCAUAAUGAUUUGGUUAUAAAAAGAGGUUUUGAAUGUGAUAUCGGUGACACAUUUAAAGAUGAAGAACCAAAUAUUAUAACAUCUGAAGAUGAUCGUGAUAAUUCUGGUUUUGAAGCACUAUUUGAUGAAACUGAUUUAGAAACGAUAAGUGAUUUCGCUGAAGAUGGAUGUAUGGAUAAUAUCAUAAAUUCUAAAGUUGAUCAGAAAUUAUCAGACUUGAGUGUAAACGAUAGCGAAAUCGUGGAUAAGGAUAUCGAUAACAUUAUCCCGGAACAUGUAUUAGAAUCAUUAGAAAAAAAUAAUCAACAGGAAUUGGUUUUAAAUUCACCAGUCGAUUUAUUCGAUGAACUUCAAGAAACAUUAAAACAUAUAUCAGAAGUAGCAGAGGAUAAAUUAACUGAAAUCUACGACUUGGAUACUAAUACAUUGAACAUCAAUGAGUUACAAAAAAAUAAUUCGAAAUGUAGUGAUCUACAUAACGAUAACUCUAAUAAAUUUUUAAAUGAUUCAUUAGAUGUAACAAAAAUUAAUAAUUCAACAAUUAUAAAUUCUGAUAAAUUAACUAAACAAAAUAUAAUGGAAUUGUCUGAAGUGAACAAUGAAGAGAUGAAUCAAUGUAAUGAGAUCGAUUUAAAAACAGAUCAAAACGAAACAUUCAAAAAUAAAGAUAUGUGCAUUAGUGAUCAAGAUACUUACAAAAAAGAACAAGUAUUUGAAAUAGGACAUGAUGUAAAUUUUAUUGAGAAUGUAGAAUGUUUGGACUCAGAUAAAUCAAUAUCUAAUAACACAAUUAUUACAGUCAAUGAAAUUUCUGAUUCAAAUGAAGUUAAAAUGAAAGAAGUUGAUAAUACCAACAAUUUGGAAACUACAAUUAAUCUACUCGAAUCUACGAGUGGAAAUGUUUCGCAAAUAGUUGAUGUAGAUGUGCCAGAUGAAAGUACAUCCAGUUUCAAAAAUGAAGUUUUGGAUUCUUUGCUAUUGAAAAAAUCAAAUUCUAAUGAAUCUAUUAAAAAUAUAAAAAUUGUUUCCAGUGAAGAUAUGAUUGAUCCUAAAAAGUUAAAUGAGUCAGAGAAACUGAAUAUAUUAAGUAAUGAUAAUGAUACUGCAAAUAAAGAUACAUUGUUGAUAAAAGAAAUUGAAGAACCGUCUAUCGCAGACAAUGUUUCUUAUGAUUCAGUUUCACAAGAUACUAGUGCCAUAAAUGAAAUUGAUUCUAUUUAUAAUGCAGGGACCGAUAUGAAUAUUCAAUUUUCACAAACUAGAAUUGAAGAAGAAUUUAACAUGGAAAAGGAUAAUAAAUUGAUUCCAAUUGACAAAAGCACUAAUGCAAUAGAAUUAAAUAAAGUAUUAGUAACAUCGGUGGAAGAAAAAAAUGAUGCUAAAUUAGAAACUAAUUUAAUGAUUGGAAAUCAAGAUACUUCGAUUGUUGAAGAAAUAUCAAAUGACAUAAAACAAAAUGAUGAUAAAGAAUUAAUAAAUAAAAUUAAUUGCGAUGUUGAAGAAAAAGAAACACCUACCACAGAACUAGCUUCGUCUAUAGAACCUAUAGGUUAUAUUAAUUUAAUGACAGACUUAGAAGAUGAUAUUAUUAGAGACGUCACUGAAAAACAAAAUAGCGGUGACAAAAAUUUAAAUUCUGGUACAUUUGAAAUAGAUCAAAACAUUAAUUUUGAUAAAAUAUUACACCAAGAUUUACAACCAAACAUAAAUACAACUUCUGUAAGUGAUAAUAAACAAAUUGUUAAUAAUUUUACUAUAAGUGAAAACAUCGCGAAUUCAACAACAGAAUUAAAUGUUAAUCAAACUGAAGAAUAUAUUCAAAAUCUACCCAACCAAUUUAUUGAUGAAAUACAAAAUCAUAAAAAUGAAAGUGAAUUAAUUAAUGAAGAAACUUUAGAAAAUGUCCAACAAGAGCGUUUUACUGUUCAACAAAAUAACAUAUUUUUGCAGCAAUCUAAUAACGAAUUAAAAGCUGACGAUGAUUUAAAUGAGCAAUGUGAAACUUUAUCAGAAAUUAAAGAGAAUAAUGAAGUAGAAUUUAUUGAUUCAAAAAAAGUUUUGCCAACAGAGAUCAUUUACUCGGAAGAUGUGAUUGAUAUUAAAAAUGUUGAACAGUUUGUUAUUGAUAAUUCGAACCGUAUUGAUGAUUUAUCAAUAACACCAAGUAACGUUGACAACGGUGUUCAUAUGCCAGUUACUGAAGUGCCUGAAGUGGCUAGAUUAAAUGUAUUAGAUGAACAAUUAGUAAUAGUGAGUUUAAAUGCUGAAAAAUCAGAAAAAAAUAAAAAGGAAUGUGAUAGUACAAUUGAAAAUAAUGACAUAAUUGAUAAUAUCGAAAUUCAAUUUAAAAAUGGUCAAACUAAUGAUUUUGAAAAUACAGGUUAUUUGACUUUAAAUGAAAAAGAAAAGAGUUCCGAAGAGAAAUAUUCUGACAACGAUAUUACAGAAAUAUCAAUGAACGAUAAUGAAAAUUCUAUCAAUACAUUAAAUAAGUCUCUCGAUAAUUUGAAACAAUCUAAUAAUAUAGAUAAUAAUAAUACAAAUCUAUUGGAAAGUACAUUAAUUAAUAAUAAAAUAAUUACUUUGGAGAACAUUCAACCAACUGAUCAAUAUAAAUUUGAAGAAAGUCAUGUUGAAAUACAAUUCAAAGAUAAUAUUGAUUCUAGAAAUGAAAAUUCCACAGUUUUAGAUGAUAAAGAUAACAUUAUAAAUAACUUAGAAAAUUUAGAAAGUAAAAAUGAAAUUUUUUACUUCCCAGAUGAGGUUAUCAAGAACGACGAAGAAAAAUCUUGGUGUGAAAUUCAAAAUAUACAAAAUGAUGGAUCCAAUAUAUCACCAAAUAUUGAACAAACUACUACCUUAAUACAUAAUAAUAAUGAAAUGAUUUCAGUAUCCAACACUCAACCUCUAGAUACAGUUGUUAUUGAGUUUGAAAAUAUCAAAGAACAGAAUGCGAUAGAAUUAAAUAUUCUCGAAUCCACGAAUACAGCAGUUUUAGAAAAUACAACUGAUACAGUAGUAAUAACAAAUCGUCUGACCAGUGAAGCAGAAAUAGCUUCUAAUGAUAAAAAUAAUUUAAUUUAUGAUGUAAAUAAAGACAAAUCUAUCACAAAAGAUUAUAUUGAAACUCAUACUACAAAAUUAAUUGAUGAAAAAUCUAAUUCUGUCAGCAAUGAAGACGGUUUGAAGAAUAAUAGUGAUAUUUUAAAAGCAAUGAAUAAUUUCCAUACAGAAAAUAAUAAAGAAAAAAUAUUGACAAAUUCACAGUUGUCUGAUGAAAGUCAAGUCGAAGUAUCUUUAACUGAAAAUGAUUGUGCCACAAUUAUUGUUGACUUAGAAACAACAAAAAUAAACAAUGAAAAGAAAGUAGAUAGUUGUAAAACUCCUGUUUCUGAAAAUUACAUAACUAAACAAGAAAGUCCGUUAUUGGUCAAUGAAAAUACAGGAAAUUGUAAAGAAAUUGCAAGUCUCCCAAAUGUAUGUAUUGAAAUCUUGAAUGAAAAUAACGUAAACCAGCAAAACAAAUUUAAUGAAUGUCAAAAAGAUGUUAUCUUAGAGAACUCUGACAUUUUGAACACAGUUUCACACGAACAAUCUGAAAUAACUAAUACAAUAACCAAUGUUGAGAAAUCAAAUAGAAAUGAAGAUGAUUUAGAAAUAAACAAAAGAAGUGAACAGAACCAUAAUAAAAAUGAAACAGAUAAAAAAGAAAUUCCAAUUGUAAUCGAUUCAUGCAAGUCUAUGGAAAAUAAAGAAAUUCUCGUUUUUAAUAAAAAUCAGUCAUUUAGGUUAUGUGAUACAAACAUUGAAAAUGUGAAUGAAAAUUUAAAAACUGAUUUAGAAAUUAAUCGAGAAAUUAUUGAAAACAAUUUUGUAAAGCCGCUGGCCAUUAAAAAUAAUUUGGAAGGUAUAGGAAAUAUAAAAAAUGAUGAAAUACAUAUGGAAGACAUAAAUAUUUUAAAGAAUCUUGAAACAUCAGCGAAUGAAUUAGAAACAAUUAUCGACAAUACUCCAAGAGUUAACUCUAAUGAUAGUAAAAAACUAAAAGAAAAUUUAACUAUUGAAACAUUACCAAACGUAGAAGAUGAAUUAAAUACUUUAUUAGAAACUCCUAAAAAUGAAUAUCUAUUAAUCAAUAAAGAAAUUGGUAGUAAAUUGAUAGAGAGCUCUAAUAUUGAUUUGUCUGUUAAUGAAAGUUUGCAGAUUGACACUGAUACAGAUAUUAUAGCUGAACACAAUAAUACUUUCGCAACAGAAGAACAAAAUAUGUCAGUUGACAGUACGGAAAAAGUAAAUGUAAUGACUGAAGAUCAUCCUGAUAAAAAUCUUAGUGAUAAAAGUAAUUCAGGUUUAAUUGAAGUUCAAGGAAACGAAGAAAGUAAUACUAUAAACGAGAAUGAAGAAAAUGAACACUCCAUAAUAAAACUUGAGAGCAUAAAUAUCGAUGAAGAUAAAUUGACAAACGUAGUCGAAAUAAAUGAUAAAAUUGAUAUUAUGACUGCUGUAGAAAAUAAUUCCAAUCUUUUAAAUGAUUCUAUGGUUGAAGACGGAAUCACUUAUUUGUCAAAUGGAGAAUCAUUAAAUUCUCUUUCUAUAACGCCAAAAUUGCAUUAUACAGAAAAAAUCGCCGCUAAUCAAAGCGAAUGCGUAAUGUUAGAAGAUACAAAUAUAUUGAAACAGAAUGAACCUAACGCUACAGAAAAUGUUGACCAAUAUGCACAAGUGGAACACGAAUUAAACAUCGCCGCUAUCGGAAACAUAAUAAUAGAUUAUGAUAGUGUAAAAGAACAUUCAGUAACUACAGAUAACGAAAAAAAAUGUGUAGAGAAUGCAACUAUUGCUGUAAUUUUAGAUGAUCAUUCGUUUAAAAUCGUUUCGACCAAUGUGGAUGUAAUAGAAGCGCCUAUUACAGAUACGAUUAUAAGAAAUGAACACACUGUAACUAAUGAACAAUUAGAAAAUUCAAUAAAAGGAACAACGCUUUUAUGUGAAAACAAAAAUUCUAAUAUUUUGACGGUUGAUGAUGUAACUGAAAAUUCAGAUAAUGUUGUCACAGAAAAUGUUCAAUGUGAAAUCGGAUCCAUGAAUAAACCGACAGAAAUGUUGAAUGAAGACAUUGAUAAGCAAGGUAAUUUAGUAUUAAAACAAGAUCAGAACGAAGAAGUAGUUGAUAAAUUACAGCAAUCUUUAAAAAAAUCAAAUAAAAUAUGUGAAUCUUUAGUAUUAUCUAAAGAUGAAAAUGACACAACAGAAGAGGUUCAAAGUGAUGUUGGAAGUAAGAAAAAGAAAUCAAGUUUACAAUCGGAAGAUAAAAAAUCACUUUCACCAGAUAAAACAAAAAACACAACAAGUAUUAGUGAAAAAGAAAUCGAUAAAACGACAAAUAUCGAUAUAAGUAUUGAAGAAAAAAAUAAAAAUCUUUCAGAUGAAAACAAUGAUAUUAAGAAAGCGGAAGUUAAACUGAGUAAAUUAGAACCAGAAAUUGCUUCAGCUAAUAAUAGAAUUACAGAAGAAAUAAUCGAAAAAGAUGUUUCAACUGAUGAUAAAAAUAAAAAUAAAACAAAUAAUGAAACAGAUAACAACGAUAAAAAAUUGAAUGAUAAAGAAGUAGAAUUGGAUAAGACCAAACGUGGAAGUAAGAAAAAGAAAUCAAGUCUUUCAUCAGAACAUAAAAAAUCACCUUCACCAGAUAAAACAAAAAAUAUCCAUAUAAGUAUUGAAGAAAAAAAUAAAAAACUAUCAGAUGAAAAUAAUGAUAAUAAGAAAGCAGAAGUUAAAAUGAGUAAAUUAGAACCAGAAAUUACUUCAGAAAAUGAUAAAACUACAGAAGAAAUAGUCGAAAAAAUUGUUUCAACUGAUGAUAAAAAUAAAAAUAAAACAAAUAAUGAAACAGAUAACAACGAAGAAAAAUUGAAUGAUAAUAAAGAAGAAUUGGAUAGGACCAAACGUGGAAGUAAGAAAAAGAAACCAAAUCUCUCAUCAGAACAUAAAAAAUCACCUUCACCAGAUAAAACAAAAAGUAAUACAAGUGUUACUGAAAAAGAAAUUGAUAAAACAAAAAAUAUCGAUAUAAGUAUUGAAGAAAAAAAUAAAAAAAUAUCAGAUGAAAAUAAUGAUAAUAAGAAAGCAGAAGUUAAAAUGAGUGAAUUAGAACCAGAAAUUACUUCAGAAAAUGAUAAAACUACAGAAAAAAUAGCCGAAAAAGUUGUUUCAACUGAUGAUAAAAAUAAAAAUAAAACAAAUAAUGAAACAGAUAACAAAGAAGAAAAAUUGAAUGAUAGUAAAGAAGAAUUGGAUAGGACCAAACGCGGAAGUAAGAAAAAGAAAUCAAGUCUUUCAUCAGAACAUAAAAAAUCACCGUCACCAGAUAAAACAAAAAAUAUCACAAGUGUUAGUGAAAAGGAAAUUGAUAAAACAAAAAAUAUUGAUAUAAAUAUUGAAGAAAAAAAUAAAAAACUGUCAGAUGAAAAUAAUGAUAAUAAGAAAACAGAAGUUAAAAUGAGUCAAUUAGAACCGGAAAUUGCUUUAGAUAAUGAUAGAAGUACAGAAGAAAUAAUUGAAAAAGAUAUUUCGACUGAUGAUAAAAAUAAAAAUCAGAAGAAUGACAAAAUAGUAAGAAAUGACACAGAAUUUACUGAAAGUGAAAUAGAAUUGAAUAAGACCAAACGUGGAAGUAAGAAAAAGAAACCAAAUCUCUCAUCAGAACAUAAAAAAUCACCUUCACCAGAUAAAACAAAAAGUAAUACAAGUGUUACUGAAAAAGAAAUUGAUAAAACAAAAAAUAUCGAUAUAAGUAUUGAAGAAAAAAAUAAAAAAAUAUCAGAUGAAAAUAAUGAUAAUAAGAAAGCAGAAGUUAAAAUGAGUGAAUUAGAACCAGAAAUUACUUCAGAAAAUGAUAAAACUACAGAAAAAAUAGCCGAAAAAGUUGUUUCAACUGAUGAUAAAAAUAAAAAUAAAACAAAUAAUGAAACAGAUAACAACGAAGAAAAAUUAAAUGAUAAUAAAGAAGAAUUGGAUAAGACCAAACGUGGAAGUAAGAAAAAGAAAUCAAGUUUACAAUCGGAAGAUAGAAAAUCACUUUCACCAGAUAAAACAAAAAUUAAUACUAGUGUUAGUGAAAAGGAAAUUGAUAAAUCAAAAAAUAUCGAUAUAAAUAUUGAAGAAAAAAAUAAAAAACUAUCAGAUGAAAAUAAUGAUAAUAAGAAAGCAGAAGUUAAAAUGAGUAAAUUAGAACCAGAAAUUACUUCAGAAAAUGAUAAAACUACAAAAGAAAUAAUCGAAAAAGUUGUUUCAACUGAUGAUAAAAAUAAAAAUAAAACAAAUAAUGAAACAGAUAAUAACGAAGAAAAAUUGAAUGAUAAUAAAGAAGAAUUGGAUAAGACCAAACGUGGAAGUAAGAAAAAGAAACCAAAUCUCUCAUCAGAACAUAAAAAAUCACCUUCACCAGAUAAAACAAAAAUUAAUACAAGUGUUAGUGAAAAGGAAAUUGAUAAAUCAAAAAAUAUCGAUAUAAAUAUUGAAGAAAAAAAUAAAAACCUGUCAAAUGACAAUAACGAUACUAAAAAACUUGAAACUAAAUUAGAAUCAGUAGUUUCCGUAGAGGAUAUUAAAAAUAACACCGAAAAGUCUGAAAAUAACAUAUCAAUAAAAGAUACAAAGCAGGAAAAUGACAAAUUAUUUUCAAAUGAAAAAGAAUUGAUGGAAAAAAAUGAAGAAAGUGACGAGAAAAAUCGAGGAAGUAACGAAAAGAAUGAAAGAACAGAAUCUGAAAAAAAUAAAAAAUUAUCAAUUGAAUAUGAUAAUAAAAGCAUUGAAAAAGAAGAAAUAAAAUUAGAUAAAUCAGGAUCAGAAAUAGCUCUUGACAUCAAUAAAAAUAAAGAAAAUAUAAUUGAAAAAGACGUUUCAACUGAAAAUCUAAACGCAAGUCAGGAGGAUUAUGAAAUUGCUAUAGAAAAUAAUAAAAAAACAACUGAAAAUAAUAUUGAAAAAGACAAGAUAAAAAGAGGAAGUAAGAUAAAUAAAUCAAGUUCACUAUCUAACAUAAAAAAGUCACCUUCGCCAGAAGACACAAAAAAUAGUUUAAGCAUUAAUGACAAAACAGCUGAAUCAACAAAAAUUAGCGAUUACAGUUUUGAAGAAAAAAAUCAAAAACUUUCAGAACAUUAUAAUGACACUGAAAAUUUAGAAAUUAAACUAGAUGAAUUUGAACCAAAAAUGUCUUCAGAAAAUAAUAAGAACAAGAUAGAAAUGAUUGAAAAAGACAUUUCUGUUAAUGAUAAAAAUAAAAAUCAGAAAAAUAAUGACAUCGAUACAGAUGACAAGAAAUUAUUGGAAUAUGGAAAUGAUAAGAAAAACAAAAUAAGUCCAGAGCCUGAAAUCAAAAAAUUAUCUUCACCAGAUACCUCAAAUAAUAAUAUAAAUGUAAUUGAAAAUGAAAUUGACGCGAAAAUUAUCGAUGGAACAAUCGAAGACAACAAUAUUCAAAUAUCAGAGGAUAAUAAAGAUACUGAACAAGUUGAAACUAAGUUUAAAUUAAAAACAGCUGAAGAUAAUAAUACAAAUACGACAAAAAAAAUUGAAAAAGACGUUUCAAAUAAUACUCCAAUUAAAAAUCAGAAUAAUGACGACAUUGGUAAAGACGAUGAAAUAAAACCAACAGAAAAUUGUGUAGAAAUUAAUAGCACAAAACGAGAAAGUAAAAGAAAUAAACGAAGUCCACAAUUAAAUGGUAAAAAGUCAACUUCAACUUCACAAAACAUAACAGAGCAUAUUACAAUUCAAUCUCUAGACGAAAACGAUAGUAUCAUUGAGUUAGAACAACUGGAAGACAAGAGUGAUGAAUCAAAGUUUCUAGAAGAAUUUAUACAAACACCGGAACAUAAAGAAGUUACACCACUUGCGUUCCAGGAAUUAUCUACUAACAAUUACAAGUCCACCGAUUGUUGUCAAUCUGAAAUUUUCCGGGUAGAUACUACUUGGAAAGGAAUGGACAGAAAACAGACAGACGAGACACGUUCCUUCGUCGACGUCUUAAUUGACGAGGAAGAACACCGCGUAGCGAAAAAUUGCUUUACAACAAACAAAAGAGAGUUAAAAUCAUCAGGGUUGAUAGAACUUAAUGAUAUUAGUGUAUCAGAAGUCCCGAGUUUAAGCAAACGUCCGGUAAAUCGCCAUCUACUGGAUGUGACAGACCCACAUAAGUUACGCCCGAAUACUUUGGCGUAUAGAUCUGUAACGCCGGACCCAUUGUCUACGUACAGAUCUCUAACACCUGACCAUCUGACUUCGUAUAGAUCUCUUACACCAGAUGGUCCACCAUACAGAACAUGUCUAACAACGAGGUCUAAGUACGCGACAUCGACAAGAUAUGCGGGUUCAUCAGAUAGAGAACUAUAUGGUGGUAGCAGCAGUAGCCGCAGCAGCAGAAGCAGUAGCCGAUCUAUGAGUCCUUAUCCAUCAGAGUCAAGGAUUUCAGCACGAAAUCUUUGGCCCACUGGUGUAGAGGCAUACCGAUGCCUUUCGGAAACAUCCAUUCCUCUUAGCUCAAGGCUUUUGGAAGAAGAGAAGAUUUCCGGUUGGCCCUACACAAGUUACAGCGUGACCACUCGAAGACGAAGGGGCUCCGACAGUUUCCUGCAUGAUUCAGCAGUGCGAGACGGAGGUUAUUAUUCAAGUUGGAGAUUGUCUAAUAGUAGGUCUUCCACGUACGGUGCUACUGAGGAUCUAUGCCAAACAAAGGAGGCGUUUAAAGAUCUAUAUUUCUGCGUUAGAAUGAUAGACCAAACAGUGUCAUCUGGCGCUCGAGUCAAGUUCUGGUGCAGUGUCAUCGGAUAUCCAGAACCUCGUGUUCAGUGGUAUCGAGAUGGUCAGAAACUCAACAGUUUUACAUAUAACUCUUCUGCGAGAUAUCAGACAAAAUAUGACGGUGGUUUGGCACAACUGAUCAUCGACAACGCUCAGAGUGGCGAUUCUGGCGAGUAUACGUGUGUGGCUGCUAACAGUCGUGACCGGAUAUCCACCACUGGGUUCCUGACUGUGUAUACUUCACCAUCGGUGUUUAGGAAACCGCUACUACAGCCUUCUCUGUCGGUAGACAAUAUCGAAUACAGUCGUGGGGCUUACUCUAGGACCAGUCAUGAUUUCCGGUUACCUGCAAACGCCAAGUUCGAUUUUGGUAGCCGGAGGUUUGGAAGUGACUUGGUGAGUAGGCGCCCUGAAUACCCGAAGUUCGUAUCUAGCAUAAUCGCCGACGAUGUGGCGACGUGUGGUGGAACGAUUGCCCUCCAAGUCCGGGUACAAGGUUCUCCGGUGCCGAAUGUGACGUGGAUGCGUGAAUCUAGGCCACUACCACGUUUAUCGGGCAAGUACGUUUACCUAGACGAAGGUGGGCUGUACACGCUGCUGAUAAUGGAUAGCACGGCCCGAGAUGGCGGAACUUACGUAUGCCGCUCGUGCAACCUUUAUGGGGUGGCGGACGCGGAAAAGGCAGUAAGGGUGGUGUCGCCACACGAUUACACAGACCGCAGGGGUGUGAAGCCUGCCAUUAUCGUGUCAAGACCUAAUGAUCGACUAAACGUGGCCAUCGGCGAGGACAUUACUGUCACCCUCCGGGUGGCUGGUGAACCAAAACCAAAAGUCAUAUGGAUGAGAGGAUCGAGAGACGUGACAUUCUUCGAUCGAUCGUCAAAGGAAACGGUCAACGACUACGUGAUGCUGUCGAUCAAAAAGGCGCAACCGUCGGACGCCGGGACGUAUUUUAUUAUCGCUAAAAACGUGUAUGGGUCUGAUAGGGCGUUUGUCACCGUCGGGGUGAGGAAACGUGCGAGAUCAUUGACACCACCGCAAAUCAGAAAUACGAUCGGCCGGUGGUUGAGGCCGAUAGACAGUAGAGGAGGAAGAGGAGGCUGCGCAAACAACGAAGUCCCGGGCCCCGUGCGCAGCGAACCGGCGGUGACGGACCGGACCAACAACCGGAUAUCUUUACAGUGGGACAGACCGGAAAAACCGGAAACAGUGCUUGUGUAUAGGGUAGAGGCGCGAUCAGCGGACGAAGAAUGCUGGCGGCAGGUUGGUAUGACUCCUACCAAUACCAUUGACGUGUAUAACCUGAAACCAGGCUACCGGUACCAAUUUCGAGUGGCAGCUCGCAACAGAUUCGGAUGGAGUCAGCCAGUUGCUGCUAAGGGAUACGUGGACGUAUUCGAGCCGAAGUGUUUACCGGAAUUUUGUCAACCAUUGCCUGGGCAAAGCAGGGUUUUACUGCGGCAUAGUGCAACUUUACAAUGUCACGUCCGAGGUGUUCCGGAGCCGCGGGUGUCGUGGUUCAAAGACGGCGAACCGUUGCUAUCGUCUGAAAGACAUGCGAUCCGGCGCACGAAUGCGGGAAAAUGUACGCUGACGAUCGCGGACGUGUCGGACGGGGACGAGGGUCGCUACUCUUGUGAAGCUGUUAAUGACCAGGGGAGAGUAUGCACGUUGACCGUUGUCCAAGUGAUAGCCAAUCGCAGGAUUGUGGAGGCGGAACGGAGGCUCCAAGGAUGUUUGAUGAAAAACAAUAACUUUAAAGAAUCAGCGCCAUUAUUCACUAAACAUCUGAUCGAUCGCAGAGUGGAAAUAAACUCUACAGUCCGGUUGUCGUGUCAAGUAAACGGAUUACCCGUACCGUUGGUUUUGUGGUAUAAGGAUGGUCAGCCAAUAGACUUUUCGGGUGGAACAGACGGCGACAGAAAAUCGAUAUUUAGAGAUGAUUCAGACGACUUCUAUACGCUGGAACUGACCGGAGUUAAGUACGACGACAGCGGUGCUUAUGCGGCAGUGGCGUCCAACGCAAUCGGAAAGGCAUCCACGCAGUGCGUGCUGGAAGUGUUUAACAAGAACCGCACCGAUCCGGCGGUGCCCAUGUUUGUUUUCGGUCUACCAACAACCAUCGAAGCUGUGGACUCCAUCAUUUUGAGCGCACAAAUCGACGCAUAUCGUCCCGUUAAAGUCCAAUGGUUUAGAGACGGCAUUCAAUUAAGAAACGGACGGAGAGUAGACAUUAUUACUGAUCACGAUGGAAAACUGGAACUUAGGAUAGCGUGUGUAACAACCCGAGAUUCGGGUACUUAUAUGUUAAGAGUGUCUAAUGACACAGGUACGGUAGAAAGUCGAUGCGAAGUAAAUGUGGUGGAACGUGAACAUAACGACACGGGGAUGGAACAGAUCUCUUUGAUUAAUCAUUUAUAUUCAAAAAAACCAAAGUUCGUAGUUAAACCGAAAUUUCAAGAAGUUGAAGAAGGCCAAGAAGUGAUUAUCGAUUCAGAGAUUGUGGGUGAUCCGUUACCGAAAAUUACGUGGCUCAGGGAUGGUUUAAAGCCGGAAUAUUAUCGUGACAAUUCUGAGUUUUUGUGCAUAUCCAACGGAAAUCGUUAUCAGCUGAAAAUUCCUCAUGCCAAACUGACACAUACGGGGACAUACACGUUACUAGCCGCUAAUCCGCAUGGACAGGUCAAAGCGCUAAUAUCUCUCCAAGUCUACUCGACAGGACACUGCAAGAAAAAAAUGGAAAAUGGGACCAACCACGCAACGGUGGAAAGGUUACCAAGAAUAAGUCGAGGGCUGGUCGACAUAGAGUGCCGGGAAAACGACAGUAUAACGUUUGAGUGCAAAUUGAAUAUCACGCAAGAGACGGACAUUAGAUGGCAAAAAGACGGCAAAUUGGUCAGAUUAGGCAAGCAGAUUAAGUCUCAGCUGAUCGACGGUGACACGGCUCGUCUCGAAAUAUCCACGGUGAGUCCACUGCACGAAGGACUAUAUACGUGUACAGCUUACAACGAACUCGGUCAAGACUCGACGUCGGCUCGGCUGAUAUUUUUGUCAGAUUCGCAAAACACCGCUAAGGUACCCCAGUCAAACGGACAGCAAAACACCAUGCUUGGUUCGCCAAUAUUAGCAGGUGAAUCGAACGACCGGUGUACAAAACGGUUGAAGCGAAGCAGUGCGCCGAAAUUUUACGCUGUAUUACACGACCGAAUCGCAGACGUCGGUGAAACUGUUCGUUUCCAGUGCAGUGUGUCGGGUCACCCACCACCGUGGUCGUCGUGGGAAAAAGACGGCCAGCCUAUCGGUGUCAAUAGCAGGAUGAGAAUUCGCGAGGACGACGACUACCGGUCGUUGGAGAUAUGCGACGUCACAUCUGAUGACGCAGGUCUCUACCGGAUUACCGUCGAGAACAAAUUUGGAAAAAUACAAGCCACAGCUCGACUGGAAGUGUUGACACACAAUCAAACCACAAAUGACGUACAAAUCACUUCAUCGUCUAACGGCAGGAGACAAUCCGGGUCGGCUGCUUGUGCGGGUGAAAACUUUACUCUCAGCUGUGACAUAAGGGGAAACUCCAUGUCUGACGUUACCUGGUACAAAAAUGACGUAGAAGUCAAGCCCGACGACAGGGUGACUUCGUCCCUGGACGAUUUGGCAGCCAGACUUUCGAUAUCGAACUUGGAGUCGGCGGACACAGGCGUAUACACGUGUGUGGCAAGGUGCGAUUCUGGCGUCACCAGGUGUUCGACAGAAUUGUGUGUAUUUGACACGAAACCGGGUACCGACUCGUAUCUUCAACCUCCGAUAUUCGUCGAGGGACUUGUUCCUAAACGCACCGCCGACGAAGGAGAACCGGUCCAAUUGACCGUAAGACUCCAAGGUGCAGUUCCUAUGAACGCCUCGUGGUUUAAAAACGACGUGCUUCUUCCUGACUGCGUGGACUUUGAGUACGUGGUGGCCGAAGACCGCGGCGAGUUCGGCUUGUCGAUUAUCGACCCUUUUGUCAAGGACAGCGGCGUUUACAGUUGUAAAGUGGCCAACUCAUUUGGUCAAGCCGUGUCUAGUGGACAACUCGUUAUAAACGAAAUGUCGUGCGGAAAUGAACUUAAUAACAAUCUGCAUGACGUUGGAAAAAAGAUCACGUGCGAUACCCCUGUCAAUAAUAAAGUUCCACUUCCUGCAUCCAUACUCAGCGGGCCAAGUGACACGACCGUAUUGCGUGGCGCCAAAGUAGUCUUGAAGACGUCGUACCAGGGCGAUCCCGAACCCUGCGUGCAGUGGCUCAGAGCGGGCAAAGUGUUGGAGUCCGACGCGCAUGUAUGUAUAACCAACGAGCGCGGCGUGUCUUGUCUGACAAUCGACUCGAUCACGGCCGACGAUUGUGGCAAGUACGUCGUCCGCGUCGACAACGGGCACGGCAACGAUUUUCACUUCGCAUCGGUGGCCGUCGAAGGACCUCCAGACCCACCAGCCGGCAGACCUGUUGUCUCCGUGUUAGAGACUAGUGCGGACGUAACGUGGUCUAGUCCGGCGUACGACGGCGGAUGUAUGGUCACCGGUUACGGCGUAGAAGUCCGACCAUUCAACCAGUCCGAUUGGAAACUAGUCGCCGACAAGUGUCACUCGUUAUCACACAUUGUCCGAGGUCUGGCACCCGGUGAGUCGUACGUGUUCAGAGUCCGAGCAGAAAACAUGCACGGAUCGAGUGAAGCGAGCUUAGAAUCCACACCGGUAUACAUACUACAAACUGAUUAUGGAAACACGCUUUGGCCAAAAACAGUUAACAUUGAAAACGGUGAUCUGUUUGAUAAGCAAUAUGAAAUGCUGGAUGAACUUGGCAAAGGCAGAUAUGGGGUCGUGUAUAAAGUGAAAGAACGUGAGACCAAUAAAUAUUACGCCGCCAAAUUCGUAAGGUGCAUUAAAUCAACGGACAAAGAAAAAGCACAAGAAGAAGUGGACAUAAUGAACUGUCUGCGACAUCCGAAACUCUUACAACUCGACGCUGCUUUCGAUAAGCCCAGAGAAGUGGUAUUGGUCACCGAAUACAUUUCUGGCGGUGAGCUUUUCGAAAGAGUGGUUGCCGACGAUUUCACUCUCACAGAAAAAGAUUGUAUUUUGUUCAUGAGACAGAUAUGCGAAGGCGUAGACUACAUGCACAAACAAAACGUCGUACACUUGGAUUUAAAGCCGGAAAACAUUAUGUGCCAAUCACGGACUUCGCAUUACAUCAAGCUUAUUGACUUCGGGUUGGCGCAGAAAAUCAUACCAGGACAGCCGAUGCGUGUGCUGUUCGGCACGCCCGAGUUUAUCCCACCAGAGAUCAUCGGCUACGAGCCCAUUGGUUUCGAAUCGGACAUGUGGUCCGUGGGAGUAAUCUGCUACGUAUUAUUAUCCGGCCUAUCACCGUUCAUGGGAGAUAACGACUCCGAAACAUUCACCAACAUAACGAAGGCAGAGUUUGACUUCGACGACGAGGCAUUCGACGCCGUCUCUCAAGACGCCAAGGAUUUCAUAAGCGCGUUGUUGAUCAAACGCAAAGAGUUAAGACUUACUGCAAAAGAAUGCCUGAAACACAAGUGGCUAGCGCAGCAGGACAUGGACAUGAGUUGCGUGAUUCUGAGCACGGAUAAACUUAAAAAAUUCAUUAUCCGACGAAAAUGGCAGAAAACGGGCAACGCAAUACGUGCCCUGGGCAGGAUGGCCAUUCUGUCAGCGGCUAGCAGACGUAGUGGUGGAGGAGGGGGAGCAGAACCAACAGAUGGGAAUGGAACCAGAUGCAUUUUACAAAAGCUAAAAAUGGCAAGUCUAAAAGAAGAAGAUUCGAUUGGCGAGUCACCUUCGGAAGAACAAAAAAUGACGACAACCGAAACGACAAAAAGCGGCAGUGGUCAUAAGGCGUGUGACGAUCGCAGUGAUAGCGGCUUUAGCGAAUGUCCGUCUGUAGCGUCUCCGACUGCGAUGCUCGUCCGGCCACCCGAAUGUCCUUCGGCUGUAUCUGAAGAAACGCCACUAGCUUCCAACCGGGACCAUUCUCCUCCACCACCCACUCGUCGAUCAACACCACCAAUUACUGACCGUUCUUCUACUCCUGCUACUAUUCAUUCUUCUUCUCCUACUACUAUUCGUUCUUCUUCUCCUGCUACUAUUCGUCCUUCUUCUCCUACUACUACUCGUCAUUUUUCUCCUGCUAUUAUUCGUUCUUCUUCUCCCGUUACUAAACGUUCUUCUUCUCCCGCUACUAUUCGUGCGUCUUCUCCUGCUACUAUUCGUCCUUCUUCUCCUGCUACUAUGCGCCGUUCUUCUCCAGCUACUAUUCGUCCUUCUUCUCCUGCUACCAUACGCCGUUCUUCUCCUGCUACUAUUCGUCUUCUUCUCCUGCUACUCGUCGUGCGUUUUCUCCAGUAACAACUCGUUGCCCCCCGUCACCCAAAAAUGGUCGCUCCUCGUCUCCCGCAACCCAUGGCUCAUCUUCUCCGGCCACUCGCGGACCUUCUUCUCUCACAACUCAUCCCCGUUCUCCUCUACCACGAAACCGCCAUGACAGCACUCA